UUCUUCACCCUCUCUGAUCUCGUCCCUUCAAAACCCUAAUCGUCGUUUCAGCUCGGGGCGUCUCCGUUUGACUUGAUUCUUACUGGGUCGUGGAAUUUGGCUGACUCUUGUCGGAGGGCGUCGAUUCAGUCAAACCAUGCUUUUCUUCUUUCGGAAGGAUUGAGCUUGUGGGUCCUGAGCUUUGUCCCUCUAGUCGGGUGGAUCCCCUGAUCAGGAAUCAGUGGGAUCUGGAACGAGAAGAUCUAGCAUAUCAUCAGGCAGUAGGUCAAGGAACUGCAAGGAAUUCCUCAGUGGAUUUGUUGAGUCUGAUCACUUGACUGAGAGACUUAGAGAUUGGUUGGAAUCAUUAUUGGAGAAGUCAGCAGCAAAAGCUCCUGCUUUCGAUGUACCAUUUGAGUUGAUCGAUCUUCAGAAGUUUGACUAUGCGCUUGAAGGGAUCUCGUUUCAGCAGCUUAUUCGAAUGCCAAGUGCUGUUUAUGGCUCGAACCCCGAUGCUGUAGAAGCUAAUGUUUAUCUUGCCAUUGAAGAUUUUCUCCACACAAGUGUAAAGGGGCUCUGGGAGGCGUUUUGGGGCGACGAUGAAGCAGUUCCUUUCUCUGUUGCCAGUCUAUACAAGCCAAAUUUGAAAUUUUAUAGAGCCGAGAAAGCGAUCCCUGAUGGAAAGCUUGCAGAUCUUUGUGCCACAGCGGUAAUGCUUAAGAACCCAAGACACCCACAUGGGAAAUGGGACCAUAUUCUCGAACUGGCUCUUCUAAAGCCGGUUAUCAUGGAUUGUACCGCUGAUGGUGAAAUUCAGCCUGAUUCCCCGGUUUUGGCCGAAGCCCUUUUCUAUGCUCUUCGGAUGCUGUUAUCUCGGAGUUUGAGUAGAUUGAGUUUUUCUCGAGGUUUCGAUUCCAUUUUUGUUAUUCUUGUAGAUUCUCAAUAUGGUGGAGUCGUAAAGGUUGAAGGCGAUGUGAAUAAACUGGAUUUUGAUGUGAAUAAUGUCUACGAUUGUGCUGCUGAAUGGAUAAAGAGGCACUGUAAAAUCUCGGUCUCUCCCAUUGAUCUGAUCUGGAACAAGCUUGGAAAUGCCAACUGGAGGGAUAUCGGUGCUUUACAGGUUCUCUUUGCAAUUUUCCACUCGAUUAUACAGUUUGCUGGAAUGCCAAGGCACUCCAUUGAAGAUUUAGCUGCCGAUCAUAGUUCUCGUCUGCAAACGAGAAGAAUGGAAAGGCAGCUAGGAAGCACAAAAGCAAACGAAAAUGGUCUGUUUAGGUUCCAGCAGCGGAGCGCUUCUCCAGAAAUUGUCGAGGUUCAAGACGAUUCAGUUAGAGUUGAAUCUAGAGAGGCAAUGAAGCUAGAAGUAGGAUCUGUACUGUGGUUGGAGGACUCGAAUUACCAAAAGGGAUAUCAUAUUAAUGAAGUCUUGAGCAAUGGAGAGCUCCCAUACUACGUUGCUUCCCCUGUUGAAGAACAUGGGAAGUCUCUGUUUCUGUACGUGGGCUCUCAUCCUUCUCAGUUAGAACCUGCAUGGGAACACAUGAAUAUAUGGUACCAAGUCCAGAGGCAGACUAAGAUACUUACUGUGAUGAAACAGAAGGGCUUAUCAAGCAAGCAUCUGCCUCAGUUGAGCGCUUCCGGUAGGAUUAUUCACCCAGGUCCAUGUCGGAGGCCCAGCUCAAGCAGAAACUGCGAUCACCCAUGGUGCGGCACCCCGAUUCUAGUGACAAGCCCUGUGGGAGAAACAGUUGCCGAUAUGGUCAAUUCGGGUCACUUUGGGGCCGAAGAGGCUAUAAGAUGCUGCCAUGACUGUUUAUCUGCUCUCUCGACUGCAUCUUCUGCCGGGAUUCGCCAUGGGGACAUUCGACCCGAGAACGUGAUCUGUGUGAGAUCCGGCUCAAGACAACCUUAUUUUGUGCUGAUUGGCUGGGGACAUGCAAUCCUCGAAGAUCGGGACCGCCCUGCAAUGAACCUUCACUACUCGUCUACCUACGCCCUUCAGGAGGGAAAGCUGUGCUCAGCAUCGGAUGCUGAGAGCUUAGUUUACAUGCUCUACUUCUCUUGUGGAGGAGAUUUGCCCGAUCUUGAUUCUGUUGAGGGGGCUCUUCAGUGGAGAGAAACCUCAUGGUCAAGGAGAAUGAUUCAGCAGAGGCUCGGGAACGUAUCGACAGUUCUGAAAGCAUUCGCUGACUAUGUUGACAGUCUUUGUGGAACCCCCUAUCCUAUGGACUAUGAUAUUUGGAUCAGACGGUUGAGGAGAAACAUGCGUGAGGAGGACCACGGGAAGGAAGUAUACACAUCGAGCUAAAGUUUCCCAGUAUACAGUGAUGGAAGGAACAAUUGGACCAUAUGAAUCAUCAUCUUGGUCAUGAAAUUUCGGGGUGGGAAAGGAGUCGGUGAUUUAAGGGGCAAGAAGAUACAGGGACUAGAUGUUUCCCUGAUGAUUAUGCGAUGAUUCUAGUGUAUCAUGCUCCUAUUGGUUGAGAAAGUCAUACAGCACUCCUCGGGGUCGUAUGAUGGAAAGUCUUCGGGAUUCAACUUAAUACUGCAUGUUGAUGCACUGAAUCAGAAAAAGUCUGCAGCGCACGGGUGAUCUCUCGGGCUAGAAAUGGAGCUCUGUUGUAUUCGAUUGUUUGUCUUACUUCCUUUUUUGCAUUUUGAUUGUAUAGAUAGAUAUAGUUGUUGGGAUGGCGAAGCAGUCCGGUGUAAUCGUUAAACGAGAGUGUGCAAGGUGAUGUUCUUCUGAGAGUUGUGCAGUGUACAGGGGAUUAUUCCUGAGUUUCCUACCUCUUGUUCCUCUCCCUCUUUUUCCUUGUGCAUUGGUGUGUUCACAGAAUUCUAUUAUUCGAGCCACUGAGCUUCAUAUGUAUCGAUCUCAAGGAUCUCCCGUUUAUAUAUCGAUCAACCUUGGAGGUUUUGCAUUAUAUGUAAUAAAAAUUAUGAUCGUCUUGCAGUUUC